AUAAUACUGAUCAUCCCCAUUAGUUAAAGUUCGACCCCAGCAGAUGGCACCUGUUUCUGAAUGAUAUUUUGGUUGAAAGGACAGCAAUGCAACCCCUCUUAGGGAAUCUGCCACUCUUUCCUGAUCAUGAAGCAUUGAGAAAAAUCAACAAUACCAUCUUAGAACAUCAGACAGUUUUACUGAGUGGGAACAAUCAGGAAGUGGUGGAUGCUUUGUCUUCAGUGUUAAGGGGACUCAACCAUGAGAGCAUAGAUGUCCGACUCUUUGCUCUAAGUCGCCUUCGUCACACUUUGCGUCACAACCAGGGAACAGUCCAUCAUCUCACUACAGACUCCGAUAAUGUUCAUCCUGUUAUUUCAGAACUUUUUAGUAAUCUGCUUGGCCAGUGUCGUGAAGUCGAUGAAGAACUACAGACAAGUGUAGCAGAAUGUCUAGGUCUGUUGGGAGCCAUUGAUCCCACAAGGCUGUACACACAAACCAACAUCAAAGAGGAGAUGAGCAAGAUUCAUUUAAGCAUUGAAUCAGAGUUAUUCAUUUUGGAGUUGGUAACGGAACUGGGUCUAGCGUUUUGGCUGCUACUGAUGGAAACAGCCAGACGUGUGCUUCCUACGCAAUGCAGAAUUUAUGGUGUACGAGAUAAGAAACCGAAGGUGCUACACAUGAAGGUGCAAGAGUUUUGGGACGUUUACCCUAUCAGUUUGCAAGAAAUUAUAUUUUCCUCUUUUGACAUCAAAUAUACCGUAUCAUCUACCAUUACCAAACUUUCAUCUCUGCCAUCGCCAUAUUUGGCAGUAGCCAUGCUAAAACUUUCCAUCAGUGGCUUACCAAUUGGGCAUGUCUUUGGUAGACUUACUGAAGAGUGA